AUGGGCGUCGAGAUCAACAUUCUGAAGGAGGGAGACGGCGUCACCUCGCCAAAGGCCGGCCAAACCGUCACUUGCCACUACGUGCUCACUCUUGAGAACGGAAAGAAGAUCGACUCGUCGCGCGAUCGUGGACAGCCGUUCAAGUUCAAGAUCGGCAAGGGAGAGGUCAUCAAGGGAUGGGACCAGGGAGUCGCUCAGGUUAGUAUAAACGUUCCGUCUGAACAACGCUUUAAAAUUUACUUUUUCCCUGCAGAUGACUGUCGGUGAGAAGUCGAAGCUCACCAUCUCGCCGGAUCUCGGAUACGGAACCCGCGGAGUGCCACCACAAAUCCCGGCCAACGCCACUCUCGUCUUCGAGGUCGAGCUCCUUGGAGUCAACUAG